UGUACACCUGUGCAGAGAGCAGGGGCUCACAUCCCACCCUGCAGGAGGGGGCUGCACUGUCAUUGAUGAACGCUCCACUCCACACUGAACAGAGGAACCGACAACAUGUCCUGCCUCAUCGGAGGGAUGCUCCUCACUCUGUGUCUGCCUCAAACUGUCUUCUCGAGCCUGCACCCUGAAUGCGAGUACAUAUUCCAGCUGGAGAAAGAGGAGCUUCACUGCCUUCAGUCCAUCUCCGAUCAGGGCAACAGAAGCACAGAAGGUUGUCAGCCAUUCUGGGAUGCUGUCACCUGCUGGCCUCAUGCAGCCGUUGGGGAAACCGUCCAGAGAGGAUGCCCUGCCGUCUUCUCCCUCUUCAAAAACAACACAGGUUCAGUGAGCCGCAACUGCACCAGUGGAGGAUGGUCCAGAGAUUUCCCCCCGUACCACAUCGCCUGCAGUGUGGAUGAUGACAUCCCCGAGACAGAGCAGUCAUACUUUGCCACAGUGAAGAUGAUUUACACCGUCGGCUACAGCAUCUCUCUGGUGGUGCUGGCUCUGGCUGUGUUGAUCCUGUUGCUCUUCAGGAGGCUGCGUUGUGCCAGGAACUUCAUUCACAUCCAGCUCUUCAUCACAUUUAUCCUGAAAGCUGUGGCUGUGUUCAUAAAGGAUGCAACUCUUUUCUCGAGUGAAGACACGAACCACUGCACCCUUUCCACGUUUGCCUGUAAGGCCUCUGUGGUCUUCUGUCACUACUGUGUAAUGUCCAAUUUCUUCUGGCUCCUGGUGGAGGCACUUUACCUCAAUUCCCUGCUGCUUUCGUCCUUUUAUCACAGUCGUCCGUGCCUCUGGGGCUUCAGCCUGCUGGGAUGGGGUGUACCUGUGCUCUUCAUCGUCAUGUGGAUUGGAUCCAGGGUGUAUUUUGAGGACACAGAAUGCUGGGACAUCAACGAGGACUCGCCCUAUUGGUGGAUCAUCAAGGGACCGAUUGUCGUGUCUAUAGCGGUCAAUUUCCUCCUCCUCAUGAACAUCAUCAGGAUCCUGAUCCAGAAACUGAAUCCCCGUCUGAUCCACUUCAAUAACUCGUCUCAGUACAGACGCCUCACUAAGUCGACCCUCCUCCUCAUCCCUUUGUUCGGCACACACUACAUGGUCUUCAAUUUUCUGCCUGACUACUUCAAUGUUAACCUGCGCCUCUGUAUCGAGCUCUGCAUGGGAUCCUUCCAGGGGCUUCUCGUAGCGAUUCUCUAUUGCUUUCUCAAUCAAGAGGUCCAAAAAGAAUUGCACAUGCAUUGGCUGAGGUGGCAGGAGCGGAGCUAUGGUGUGGUGUCGCCGGCUGCUAAAGGCAGUCAGAUGGACACACCCUUCUAGUGAUGGCCUUCACAGCUCCUCUGCUUAUUGGAAAGUCCCACAGGAUUGUCUCUGUACACGUGAUCAUCUCCAAUAGGCUGCACAGUGCGCACAGUACUAGUUUGAAGCCAUUUCUGUACAUUUUUAUUCCAUUUUUAAAGACUGUUCCUCAGAAAGUAGGAUGAAAUCUCGCGACACUUCACACGCACAUUUCAAAACAGAUCCGGCCAAUUUCUUUUCCCUUAAGACACUGUGAACACCUUCCAGAUUUCCUUGGGCACCUCUCUGUUUUGAUUAAAGAAUGGGGAGUAUGAGGAGCGGAGAGAUUACGCUAAUGAAUAAGGGAGAAUUAAUUGGCAGGUAAUAGUUUCUAAGUAACUUGUUGAGUGUGUACCUGGAUUGAGUCUCUGAUAGAUGCUAAAGACAGAUGCAUUAGAUUCCAUGUAUCACCGAUGCUGUAGCGUAGCCUGUUUAAAAAUGUAGUAUCUCACAAAUAAUUCAUCACUCAGUUGACUCAAACAGCAAUUAAAAUGGGUUAUUAUUGAUGUAAUUCAACACAUCGUACUACAUCAUUCAUAUUGUAACUUACAUUGAUUAUUUUCAGUUGUGUAGCACACAGGGAGAUGAACUUUAAGAGUGUAUGUAUAUAUUUAUCGUUGUUUGAUAUGUAUUUAUUUAUUUGUUUUUAUAUACUAAUGUAUUCAUUCACAGUGCGUAUCCAUGUACAAGUUGAUUACCUUUAUUGCAGCUCAAUGAAUGAAUAUCUUAUGAUACGCACUAGUGUCAGCUGCUAUAGUGUGUGUCAUUAUUUUUAAAUUAUUUGAUAUAUAUAAGACGUCAUACAACGCUUUGUCCUGCAUAUGAAGAAUGAUAAAAAGGGAUAUACUGUAUGAGUGCCAUCAAUAGUACAUUUACAGAUCUAUUUUUGUUAGAAAUUGAAAUAAUUGUUUAUGCUUUUAAUGUGUUUUAAGCCACAAUACUCUGACAGUGGAGUUUAUUUUAUGUAAAAGCAUUUGUCUUAAACUGAAUGUGUAAAGGAGUCAGGCCUUUCUCUGUUGUUGCAUUUGAAAGUUGCUGCUAUUCUUGUGCCUCUCUGAGUGACGUUUUAUUGCCUCGUGAAAUUAAAAGGUUCGUGUGAGUUAAAGCAUAAAUAUGUUCACGCAGCUUGUGAACGGCUCUCUGCAAUCUCACAACGUGUAAAUGUCAUCAGCUGGCAGCUAAGAAAUGUCAAAUCAAUUAUGUAAUCACUGAUACUAAAACCUUACUUAAUUAUUCAUGUAGAUUUCAUUUCCAAAGAUGUCAUUCAUAAAAAAACAAUAUGAGAGUAUUUUGGAAAUGUGUGCUUCAUAUGGAAAACCUUAAUAAAUGUUAUCAUUAAAGCAAAACAA